GCCCCCACCGACUCCAGUCGCAGGCCCACCACGACCAAGACACCCGCCCGCGGCCUCAACCCGACCAAAAACCUAGCUAGGGUUCCGCCGUCGCCGACCCCAGCCGGCGUCUCCCCGCCCGCCCGCCUGCCCGCCCGCAGCGAUGUACAACGGCAUCGGGCUCCAGACCGUGCGGGGGUCGGGCACCAACGGGUACGUCCAGACCAGCAAAUUCUUCAUCAAGCCCCGCUCCACCGGCGGGCCGGGCAGGCCGCUGCUCCCCGACGCCGCCGCCGGGGAUGGCGGAGGGCUCGGCGGGAUGCGCAAGCCCAACAGGGGCAUCCUCGAGCACGACCGCAAGCGCCAGGUCGAGCUCAGGCUGCUCGUGCUGAGGGACGCCAUUGAGGAGCAGGGCUACACGGAGGGCGAGAUCGAGGAGCGCGUCGAGGAGGCGCGCAGGGCCGCGGAGGAGGCCGGGGGACGGCGUCCCCCGUCUCUACCGGGCAGCAGAGGGUUUGCCGACACACAAAGCCACCAUGUUGCGGCACGGAAGGAGAAGCAGCUUGAGACUCUGAGGGCUGCUUUUGGACUGGAUGCUGAGGAUGUAAAGAAGGGGGGCGUGGAUAGUGAUGUGGAAUCUGGGGAGCUUGUACCUGGUAAGUAUUAUGAGGAACUGGAUACUGCUGGGCAGAAGGACAGCAAGGAUUUGAAGGAUGGCAGAAAGGAUGCGAAGAAGAGAAAAGAAAAAAGGGAGUGACAAAAGGAGUCGAAGAAAAAGUUCAAGGAAGAGCAAGUAUGACUCAGAUUCAGAACAGGAACGUGACACGAAAACAAAGAAGAAAAAGAAGUAGAGUUCUUGCCAUGAUUCUGAAGAUGAUUCAGAGACUGAUUGUGAUGAGAAGAAGGAAGAUAAGCACAGCAAGAAAACUCGUCUUGUCUCAGAUGAUGAUGAUUCCAAAACUGAUCGGAAGAAGGCAAGACGUGGAAAGAAAUCUCGUCAUGAUUCUGAGUAGUUAAUCUUGAUAUGCUGAAAAUUUAACAUCACUAUUUCAGACUGGCUUUUACUUCCUGAAAGGGAUCUCUAUUUCAGCUAAAUUGAGAUCAGAUUGUCUUUUGCUUCCCGAAAGGGAGCUCCAAGGCAAAGCUGCUGCUCGACUGUAACAGAAAUCUUGGGAGCCUCCUCAGCUCUGGUGGCAGGAUUGUUUUGGUUAAUGAUGUUCUUGGGAGCCUACCGGUCUACUUCUGUCCUCCAUUCUGUUCCCUAAAACUGUCAUUGAGGCCCUUUAUUCUUGAUGGCGAGCUUUUCUAUGGACUGAUGAGGACAAGUGAAACGGCUCUAACUGUCUGCUGGCAUGGGACAGAGUAUGCUGCAGCAAAGAAUGCGGUGGUCUUGGGAUUAAAAAUCUAUCUGACCAAAACCUCUGUCACCUUGUGAAGUUCGUGCAUAAACUCCAUGAUCCUGACCCCUUACCCUGAAAAAAUCAAAAAAUUGGUUCAACA